UCCACACAGCGGAGCGCAGAAAUCCCAGCGACCGACUCGGGCUAGAUGCUAUGAGGAUGCCCAGCGCCUUUAGACUUAUUUUAAGUCGGGCAUCUCCAAGGACACAUAUUUCCCGGGUCCUCCACAGGAAGCGGUUCACAAAAGACAACACCAGUCCCUGGUCCGUCCCCCACCCCCACCCCCGGCCGCUGCUACCGGCGCCUCUCGUGAGCCCGCUACCCGGCUACCUGCUGCUUCGAUGUCCCUCUAGAACGGAGGCACUGACUCGGUGUGUGCUAUGCAGCGUUAUUAACUUGCACGGAUUUUUUUCUGUUUUCUGGAUCCCAGAAGCCCACGCCGGUUUUAACGUUCCUGCAGAUGUGCUGUCUGGGGAUUGGACACUCUGAUUGACACCGGAGGCCUACGCUGCCUGCCUUCCAAUCGAGAGUGAACCAGCCUGUUUCUGGCAAAGGGGGCCGGGCAGGCCUUUGGUGACCUUUUUCUCAUCCGCCUGCGCUUCUUGGCGGCCCCAUUUUCUCUCCCGCGUUUUGCAAGGGAGCAGAGAAUAGCCACGGGCCUUCUUGCUCCUGAGACCGCUGUGAUUUUACUACAUUCUGGAAGGGAAAAUGCCUGGGAAAAGGUCCCUAAAUGCAUCGGCCAUCCCAAGUGCCAAAAGGGAACGGAAAGCAAUUACCCUCGACAUAAAAUUGGAAGUGUUGAGACGAUUUGAAGUUGGUGAAAAGCUCAGCCAAAUUGCGAAGGCCUUGGGCCUUGCUGUUUCUACAGUGGCUACAAUCCGAGAUAAUAAGGAAAAAAUCAAAGCGAAUUCGCAAAUAGCUACUCCUUUGAGAGCCUCCCGGUUGACUCGGCAUCGAAGUGCAGUCAUGGAGACCAUGGAGCGCCUGCUGCAUGUGUGGCUUGAAGACCAGAGCCAGCGAAAUGUGCCCCUGAGUGUCACAGUUAUUCAGGAGAAGGCUAAGAGUUUGUUUGAUGACCUACAGCGUGAAAGAGGUGCAAGCUCUCAAACAGAAAAGUUUACUGCAAGUAAAGGGUGGUUUGUGAGAUUCAAGGAGCGCCACUGUUUGCCCCACUUCAAGAUAAACAGCACGGCUCCUGGAAACAAGGACACAUAUCCAGAAGCGCUAAGAAGCAUCAUUGAAGAAGGUGAGUAUACCCCCCAGCAGGUUUUUAACGUAGAUGAGACGGGGCUUUAUUGGAAGAGAAUGCCUGAAGGAACGUUUAUUUCUGUGGAAGAGAAAGCUGAGCCAGGCUUUAAAUCAUCCAGAGAUCGCUUGAUGCUGCUUCUUGGUGGCAAUGCAGCUGGGGACUUUAAGUUGAAGCCCCUAUUGGUGUACCACUUGGAAAACCCCAAGGCUCUGAAAGGAUACUCCAAGCCCAAUUUGCCUGUAAUUUGGCGCUCAAACAAAAAGGCCUGGGCGACCAGGAGCAUCUUUCAGGAAUGGUUCACAUACUUUUUUUGCCCAGCCGUUGAAAGAUACUGUGCCCAGAAUAAUCUCACCCACAAAGCGUUGCUCAUCCUAGACAAUGCCCCAUGCCACCCAGUAAAUUUGAGUGAUCUGUCUGAUAAUGUAAGAGUGGAAUAUCUUCAUGACAGUACAGCUGACUCCAUCCAGCCCAUGGGUCAAGGCAUAGCCUCCGCCUUCAAAGCUCAUUACGUGAGAAGAACUUUUGAGCACAUCCUAGAAGCAACAGAUGGGGAGGAUACAGCCAUGAUCAGGGAGUUCUGGAGAAACUACAGCAUCAUGGAUGCUGUAGACAACAUUGCACUAGCUUGGGAGGCGCUGAGACCGGCAACAAUGAACAGCGUGUGGAAGAAGAUCUGGCCUGAGUGUGUUCGGUUCCAGAGCGUUUCCCAAACAGAUAACAUUGCACAACUUCAACAAAACAUUGUGACCCUUGCCAAGAAUGUGGCUUUCGAAGAGGUUGUAGAAGCCGACGUGGACCAGUUGCUGAGGUCCCACGAGGAGGAUCUCUCGAACACGGAACUGAUGCAGCUAGAGCAGGAGCCUGCAGAAGAGGAGAGUGAAGAUGCCCCACCUGCCCUGCGUCAGCUAACCACAGGAAGACUCUCAGCAGCCUUCUCACAUUUCGAGGCAGGCCUACAGGUCCUUACAAGUGACGGCUCUAAUGAUGAUUGGAAACUGAAAGUUUCGGGAGCAAUCAAUGAUGCGAUCAACUGCUACAGGGAAUUGUACAAUGAGAAAAAGCGGCGCUCAAAGCAACUAUCUUAGGUCGUUUUCCGGUGUGUGCGACCAAACGUUAAUCAAAAUAAAGCCAGAAGCAACAAGAUGACCUCAGCGGAUGAGAUCCAGCCACGCCUCUCUACUUCCAGAUGCUUUACAUCUUUGGAAACUCUUGUUUCUGGUAUUUUCAUUUUGACACCUGAGAGUACCAAAUUUUGUCAUUAAAAUUUCACUUAAAUACGUGCUUUAGAAUAAUCACAUGCAAGAAUACCCAGGAAAAUGCUGCUUCAAAAGGAGAAAACUGCAGGGUGCCUGGGUGACUCAGUCUAUUAAGCAUCUGACUCUGGAUUUUGGCUCAGGUCACGAUCUCACAGUUUGUGAGAUCAAGCCCCACGUUGGGAUCCACACUGACAGCGCAGAGCCUGCUAGGGAUUCUUUCUCUCCCUCUGUCUGUCUGUCUCUGCCCCUCCCCUGCUUGUGUGCAUGCUCUCUCUCAAAAUGAAUAACUUUAAAAAAAGAGAGAGAAAACUGCAAGGAGGAGACUAGCUCUUCUAAGACAUUAAAGCAAACUAUAAAACUUCAGUGAGUAAGUCAGUGCAGUAGUCAGACCUGUGGAAUAAGUUUGGAAGCCCCGAUUUUUUUUUUUAAUGGUGGGGGACAACUGGUUAAUCAUUUGGAAAAAGAUAAAAUUAGAUCCCUGCCUCACAGCAUACACAAGACUAAAUAAACAGAUCGUGGAUCCAAAAAUAAAAAUUGAAACCAUACGAGUACUACAAAAACACAUAGAUGAAUGCCUCUUUGACCUGGGUGCUGGGAAAUUUUCCAUGACUUAAGAUCCAGAUGAAAUAAGAAAAGUUAAUUUGACUGUAUAAAAAUGUAACAAAAGAGCUUUUCCAUGGGAGAAACACUACAAAGUCAAAAGCAGUUGAUAAAUUGGAAGAAAAUACUUGCAACAUCUCACAGACAAUGGGCUAAUCCCUGCUAUAUGGAGAACUCUUAGGAUUGAGGAGGAAAAAAUACCAGAAAUCCAAUAGAAAAGUGGACAAAGGAUAUAAUUCAUGAAUAAAUAAAUUAGGUCUUGAAACAAAAAUGUUCAACCUCAUUCGUGAUUAGAGAAAUGCAAAUUAAAGCUACACAGAUACUGUGUCUCACUAAUUAGAUUGACAGAUAAUCAAAAAGUAUGGCCACACCCUCUGUUGGUAAUGUUCUGGGCUAACAGGGACCUCCUACAUUGCUGAUGGGAAUGCAGAUUGCUACAACGAAUAUGGAGGGACAUCAGACACUCAUAAAAAAUACGUUUCUUUUGACUUAACAAUCCCACUUUCAGGAGUAUACUCUGAAGAUACACCUCCAACAAAAGAAAAUACAUGUGCCCAGAUUGUUGCAUCCUUGUUUGUUACUGCAAAAGUGAGGAGACAGCCUAAAUAUUCGUAUAUAGAAGAAUGGUCAAAUAUGAAAUGGUUAUUACAUACAAUGGGAUAUAAUCUAGAUGUAAAUGAUGAUAACAGUAAUAAAGGAGGAAGAACUCUGGACUGAUA